CCUUCCCUCCGACCUUCCGGGCAUCGCGAUGAACGGGGAGCACCCGUGGAUGUCCACCUAUAAGCGGGCUACGCUGGACGACGAAGACCCCCUGGAUUCCAUCAGCGAAGGCGAUGGGUACCCCAACGGGUUCCAGGUGAAUUUCUCCAGGAGCAGCACGGGGUGCUGGGCCCAGCGCACACGCCCCGAGAAGCAGCUGGUGGCUGUGGUGGCUGUCCUGGCAGCCGUGCUGGGAGCGUGUCUGCUGGGGCUCAUCCUGCAGUACCGAGCCCGGCCGUCCGCCGUGUGCUUGUCAGAGGCCUGCAUCUCUGUCACCAGCUCCAUCCUCAGCUCCCUGGACCGCACGGUGAACCCCUGCGAGGACUUCUUCAGCUAUGCCUGCGGCGGUUGGGUCAAAGCCAACCCCCUCCCUGAUGGCCACUCACGCUGGGGCACCUUCAACAACCUCUGGGAGCACAACCAGGCUGUCAUGAAGCACCUGCUGGAGAACACCACGGCCAACGUGUCGAGUGAGGCGGAGCGCAAGGCACAGCGCUACUACCAGGCCUGCAUGAACGAGAGCAAGAUCGAGGAGCUGCGCGCUGCCCCGCUGAUGGAGCUCAUCGCCAAGCUGGGAGGAUGGAACAUCACCGGGCCCUGGGCCGGGGGGGACAACUUCAACGCGACGCUGCGGGAGGUGACGGCGCAUUACCGCAUCUCACCCUUCUUCUCCGUCUACGUCAGCGCCGACUCCAAGAACUCCAACAGCAAUGUCAUCCAGGUGGACCAGUCGGGGCUGGGGCUGCCGUCACGGGACUACUACCUGAACAAGACAGAGAAUGAGAAGGUGCUGGCUGGGUACCUGAACUACAUGGUGCAGCUGGGCAUGUUUCUGGGCGGCACCGAUGAAGAGUCAACACGGCAACAAAUGCAGCAGAUCUUGGAGUUUGAGACAGCACUGGCCAACAUCACCAUCCCACAGGAGAAACAUCGGGAUGAGGAGGUCAUCUACCACAAGAUGACAGCUGGAGAGCUGAAGGAUCUGGCACCGGCUGUGGACUGGAUGCCCUUCCUCUCCACAGUCUUCUAUCCUGUGGAACUCAAUGAGUCAGAGCCUGUCGUGGUGUAUGCCAAGGAGUACCUGGAGCAGGUCUCCGAUCUCAUCCUGGCCACUGAUAAAUGCCUCCUCAACAACUACAUGAUCUGGAACCUUGUGCGUAAAACCAGCCCCUUCCUUGACCAGCGCUUCCAGGAUGCUGAGGAGAAGUUCAUGGAAGUGAUGUAUGGGACGAAGAAGACCUGCCUGCCGCGCUGGAAGUUCUGCAUCAGCGACACAGACAACAACCUGGGCUUUGCCUUGGGGGCCAUGUUUGUCAAGGCUACCUUCGCCGAGGACAGCAAGCAGGUGGCAGAGGAAAUGAUUGCAGAGAUUAAAACAGCCUUCGAGGAAAGCCUGGAGACCCUGCAGUGGAUGGAUGAGGAUACGAGGAAGUCGGCCAAAGAGAAGGCGGAUGCCAUCUACAACAUGAUCGGCUACCCGAAGUUCAUCCUGGACCCCAAGGAGCUGGACAAAGUCUUUAACGAUUACGAUGCCGUGUCCGACCUUUACUUUGAGAAUGUCAUGCAGUUCUACAACUUCUCGGCCAGGGUCACGGCCGACCAGCUCCGGAAACCACCAAACCGGGACCAGUGGAGCAUGACACCUCCAACAGUCAACGCGUACUACUCUCCUACCAAGAAUGAGAUCGUCUUCCCUGCUGGCAUCCUCCAGGCCCCUUUUUACACCCGCGCCUCUCCCAAGUCGCUGAACUUUGGUGGGAUUGGUGUGGUGGUGGGCCAUGAGCUGACACACGCCUUUGAUGACCAAGGUCGGGAAUACGACAAGGACGGCAACCUGCGUCCCUGGUGGAAGAACUCCUCAGUAGAGGCCUUCAAGCGGCAGACAGCAUGCAUGGUGGAGCAGUACAGCAACUACACCAUCAAUGGGGAGGCUGUCAAUGGCAAGCACACCCUUGGGGAGAACAUCGCUGAUAAUGGGGGGCUCAAGGCUGCCUACCGGGCGUAUCAAAACUGGCUGAAAAAGAACGGGGAGGAGGAGACUCUCCCGACCCUUGGCCUCACCAAUCACCAGCUUUUCUUCGUCGGCUUCGCGCAGGUGUGGUGCUCGGUUCGCACGCCAGAGAGCUCCCACGAAGGGCUCAUCACCGACCCGCACAGCCCCUCGCGCUUCCGCGUCAUCGGCACUGUCUCCAACUCCUGGGAGUUUGCAGAGCAUUUCAGCUGCCCCCUGGGCUCCCCCAUGAACCCCCCCAGAAAGUGUGAGGUCUGGUGAUGGGCGGGCGUUGGGAUCCGGCCGCGUCGUCCUGUGCCGGCGGCCGAAUUUCCCCAUCCCUUUGAGAGGCUCAGACCACUUAGCGCAGCGAGCUGCCCGGCUCUCACUGGAGCAGCGUCCCCGGUGUCAGCCGAGGUCCGAUGGAUCCACUGUGAAAACUUCUCUUCCCCUCGCUUGUUUGUGAAAUGACUUCGAUGUGGGGAGGUUUCUGUCCCACGUGCCGGGGCGCUGCCCCGUAUUUACACACGCAGUGCUAAGCCUGGCCCUAACAGGAGCCCAAACCCCGAGCCCGGCACCGUCCUCCUCCGAAGCAUCAAGGGAAUGCCGUGGCGCUGGCAGGCUGGGCUGUGUGUCUAAAUACAGCCGGCACAACCUCCUCUCUCCAAAGAUGCGCACACGAGGAUGGUAAAUAUUUUGAGACGUAUUUCAGGGCAGGGGAGGGUGGAGGGGAAAUAUAUAUAUUUUUUUCAUGCAUUUUGGAAUACACUGGAAAAGUUCAGGGAAAAUACAUUUUAAAGCCUUUUUUUUUUUUUUUUUUUUUUUUUUUUAAAGCAAAGAAUUAGUAUAUUUAUUAUUUUUUUAUACUCAGUGCAGCUGUAGACACAGCGCCCUGUGGUGACAGUUCCCAGCUGGGGAGUCCAGGUGGGUUGCGGCCAGCUGGCCCCAUAGCCUAUGGAUCUCCAGGAGGGACCGUCCUUGGAGGAUGCUGAUGGGGACAGUGGGGACAGGGCCCAGGGAUGGGGUCAGCGGAGCCCUGUCAGAGGCUGGAUCACAGGAGGGCUCUGUUGGGAUGCUGCAGCUCCUGAGGUUAGCUUUAAUUUCUGAGUGCAAAGGGAAAAGUUGAUGUGCCAAAGAUGUAAGCGAGGUGAGAGUUGUGGUGGUGAAGCUGCUGGGCACUGCUUCUGCCUGGCCCGGAUUCUGUCCCAGGUUCGCAGAGCGCCUGUCCCUGCAGGACAGGGAGCCCAGGAAGCAGCAUGGCGAGAGCAGCUGCAGGGGUGGCCCUGCAUCCCUCCCAUCCCCGUAACGGGAGGUUGGCCACAGCCUCCCGGCCCGGUAUUGCUCCAGACAAGUGCAGGCAGUCCUUGCUGCCAUUUUGCUCGCUGCUGUGCCCCCGUGCCAGGGAGCUGUGAGCCCUGCACGCCCCUGCUUCAUCCCAGCAUGGCUGGGGCCGGUGCAAAGCUGGCAGGGUGGGCGCAGGGUCCUCCGGGGCUUUUUAAUACUCUUCUUUGCAGUUUAGAAAAGAAACCACUGACAGUAGCUCAGGUGCCACAUGUUGUCUUGCAGCACCUCUAGACAGAAAGCAAAGAUGUAGAGGGAUUUUUAAUAUUUAUAUGUAAAAGGGACAUGGGGGGAAUUUUUUUUUUGUAUCUAUUUUUUCACCCUACAUGUGGAGCUUAUCAUAACUGAAAUAAAUACUUUUUACUGGGUCUGCA